UAGGCCAAGCAAGUCGAUUAGAAACCAACGGAAAUGGCUCAGAAACUUAUCCUCUGCUGCACUCUUCUGGGCGUGGCUGCCGCCCAUUAUGUUCCCCACGGUGGAUACGAUCACGGACACGGCGUGGGAUACAGCGUCCAGACACACCACGAGGCUCCCAAGAAGUGGCAGGACCACCACCAGGAACACCAGGCGCACUCCUGGGCUCCCAGCCAGGACCACCACCACCAGCAGUGGGCGCCAGUGGCCUCCCACGACAGCCACCACCAGUGGAGCCACCACGAGGAGCCCAAGCACCACCCCAAGUACGAGUUCGACUACGGGGUGAAGGACACCAAGACCGGGGACAUCAAGCAGCAGUGGGAGACCCGCGAUGGCGACAAGGUCAAGGGCGGGUACACCAUGAAGGAGGCCGACGGACGCACCAGGAUCGUCGAGUACACCUCCGACGCCCACAGCGGAUUCCAGGCAACCGUCAAGCAUGUCGGACACGCCGAUCACUACGAGCACAGCCACGGACACGGACACGGACACGAUUACGGACAUGGACAUGGUCAUGGUCAUGCCACCAGCUACGCGGAUGUGAAGCAGGACACCAGCAGCAAGUGGGAGGACAAGGGUAGCAAGUGGUGGUAAAGGUCGCUCCCCCUAGCGACUAUACAACCUAUGCGGACCACCUUAUUUAUUGUAAAUAGGAAGGACCCAAUUUCAAACUUGGCACAUAGUUGUUUACUGUCUACUAUUUUGUAGACAGAAUUU